CAAAGCCACACGAGCCACUAGUCAAUUGAAUGUUCCCCGACUACUCGUCAGUCAAUCAUCUUUUGCGGUGCCACAAAAUGCAGCAGCCAUGAAAUAACAAAUGCUUCUUGUUUGUCAUGCGACCGAACUGUAGUGCCUGACCGGAAUCGCUCGGUUGUGGCGCUGAUUUCGCGGUGCUAGACUCGCAGAACUCUGUAGAAGGGGUUGCUACUAUGCGUGCGACGGUUCAUACAAGUACGCAGCUCUCAUCGGGCUGUGGAGCAGCGGCGUGGCCGAUUCCGUUGGCUGGUUGCCGACGCGCCCUGACUGGGUGCCUGGCGCCCACUGCCUCCCCACGUGCCCUCCUCAACGCAACAGCCACCUCACAAUGCAAUGGCAGUAGCAACAGCAGUAGUAGCAGCAGCAGCAGCAACAGCCGGCGCCUCUGCAAGACCCGUGCUGGCCCUGAAGCUACAGCUGCAAGCACGGCUGCGGCGGCGGGGUCAGCCGCAGGUGCUCACGCUGCAGCGACAGCGGCCGCGGAGCCGCCACUAAUGCCGUCACCACCACAGCGCCCACCACUAGCUCCAACACUGGAUGUCGCCGCACUGUCUUCGGAGGCCGGUUGGCGCAUGGCGGGAGUGCCGCAGCGGCGACAGGGGCCGCAGCACACGGUGGCUUGCGGCGGCAGCAGCUGUGGCGGCGGCGGCGGCGGCAGUCAGAGCGAGGCUGGCGGCGGUGACGGGGCAGGUGGAGCUGUGGACAGUGAGGAUGAGUCGGCUUCGAGUCAGCAGACGGACCCCACGGCCCACGCCGCCGCGCUGUGUCGUGUGCUGGGCCUGCCCGCACCUCGCCUCAUGGCGCUGGUGGGCCGCUGCCCCGACCUGUUCGCGUUCAGCCCGGCAGCCCUGGAGGCCACCCUGGAGGCCGUGGCGACACUCACAGGGCUGCAGCGGGUUGUGGUGCCCCAGCUGGUGGCCGCCGACCCCCGCCUGCUCCUGCAGCCCGACCGACUCAAGGCCAACAUGAGGGAGCUUGGGCAGGUGCUGCAUGUGCCGCUGAGCGAGGUGGUCAACAUGGCCGCCAGGGAGCCGGCGGUGCUGGCGCUGGGCGGCGAGCAGGCGGCGGCGCGGCUGGAGGCACUGGCGGCGGCACUGCUCACGGCGGGUCGGCCCUCGCUGCCGCUGCGUCACUCACAGCUGCUGGAGGCGGUGCUAGCGGCGCCGGGGGCACUGCUGGCGCCGCCGCCCGAGACCGUGCAGUCGCAGCUGGAGGCCUUGGAGGCCGCACUGGCACCGCUGCUGCCGGCAGCGGAGCUGGAGGAGGUGUCUGCACGACUGGAGCCAGCGGCUGCGGUGGCGGCGGCGGAUAUAAAUACAGCCGAGGCCACCUCCGGCUCCGCCUCCACCUCCGCCUCUGCUGGUGGUGCCGCGCCAGCGGCACCAUCAGCCGCCACCACCCCCUCCUCCUCUUCCUCCUCCACUUCCUCGGCCUCCUCCUCCUCGGCUGCGGCCCCGCAACCCCACCCGCAACCUGAGCGCCACCACCACCACCACCACCACCACCACCACCACCUCCAACGCCCCCAGCCCGCACACGCACUCCCGCUGCGCGCGCUGACGGCCCCGCUGGUCCUGGCCAAGCCCAGCCUGCUGACCACGCCGCCCGAGCUGGUGGCGGGCCGUGUGGCGCACCUGGCGGCCAAGGCGCGGCUGAGCGCGGCGCAGGUGCUUCUGGCAGCCCCCGCCGGCCCCAACCUUCUCGCCGCCUCCUCCUGCCACAUCGACCGCCACUGUACAGCCAUGGCCGCGAGCCUCGGCACCGCCCUGCGCUUCCCGCCGCCACCUGCUACUGCCACUGCUACAGCCACUGCUACUGCCACUUCUACUACUGCCCUGGCCGCUACAGCCCCCGGCACGGGCACCGGCAACAGCAGCAGCAGCAGCAGCCGGCAGUCAGAUCAUCAGGGAAGCGAGCGGGAGCGACAGCAGGCGGCGGCGGCGGCGUAUCACGCAGAUCCGGCGGCAGCGGCGGCGGCGGCGCUGGUUGCGGAGCCGCGGCUGCUGGGGCAGCACGUGAAUGCGGUGGCGGCCAAGUGGCAGCUGCUGGCGGCUAUUGCGGCCACCUCGGCAGGCUGGUCGGCCCGCCUGAAGCACGCGGGGGUGGGGGAGCGGGCCGAGCUGCUGGUGCUGCCGUACACAGCCGUGGCGCGACUGCGGUUCCUGGCGGACAAGGACAAGCAGGAUGACAUCGACCUCAUGUCAGCGGUGCGGCUGAGUGAUGCGUUGUUCCACUUCCAGUUCCCGGGCUUCCGCGAGUGGCUGCGGAACUGAUGUGGCGUGGGGCGAACACGGCUGCCUGUGCUGCAGAGCUAGUUGCGGGAUGGCAGGGGAUAGUUCAAGGGCCGGUGUCCGGUCCCUCGCCAAGCAAGUUACUUUUUGCCCGAUACUCUGGUUGCGCGGGAGAGCUGGCAGCAGGAGCAGGCAGCUCGCCAGGCUGUGUCUGUCGUGUGCUUUGUGUCAUGUGACGUCGUGUGAUGUGUUGUUAACUAUCAGGAAGGGAAUGCGGCAUGCAAGUCGGCGGCCAGGCGCCACGGGCCAUUCGGUCCUGCCGGCAAAGCAUACGGCAUAGUGGCCUCAGGAGCAGCCGACUCUGAAAUGUGCUGAAAGUUGUUGUUGCUGUUGCGGCUUUGCCGCUCAGGGAAGGCUGAGGUGUGCUGGCGGCGUUGUGCCAGGACUGUGAGCUGCUUCGUGAGAGGGUACUGCUGAGAGGAAAUAUACCGAAGAUGCUUCCAAACAAACAACAAGGGGUGUCAGCUUUAUUUGUACAGCUGGAAAAUGGGCUGAGCCCCCGUACGCUUGGGAGCUAAUAGGCGUGUAACGCCCCGUCAGA